GCACUGGUCCCGGUGACAGCGGAAUGUAAACAGCCCGGAGCGGCGCACAGAUCCCGGACACGGUACCGAGCCUCUCCCGGAGCCUCUCUUGCUGUCUCUCCCGCUGUCUCUCCUGUUGUCUCUCCUGCUGUCUCCCGGAGCUUCAGGGGCUGAUCUUCUCAGUGACUCAGCGACUGGGGUUGCUCUCUGGGUCACGGUGGGGUCAAAGUUCAUCUGGAUCCUGUUUUUCCUCCAAAGUUAAACCAAAACAAAUAACAGAGCCAGGGGGCGGGGUUCAUCUGGGGGCGUCCGAUCAUGGAGAGCCCUCAGGUGUCAGCUGACCAUCUCCAUGGCAAUGGGGACACUGCACUUCUUGUCCAAGUGAAAGAGGAGGAGUCAGAGGUGCGACUGUGUGUAGAGGAGAGCUCUGCCAUGACACCUUCAGAUGAACUGCACUCUACUGACUCCGCCUCCUUCCCCAGCCUCACAGAUGACGACAUCACGGACGAUGUCACCACAAAUGACAUCACCACAGAUGAUAUCAGCACAGUGGGCGGGUUGACGCCGGAGCCCAUGCCGAGAAACCAGGAGGGAAAGGAGUCAAAAACAGAUUUCAUUGGAAGUGCAGCUGCAGCCCCACCCUCCUCUUCAAUAGCUGUGCCCCCUUCUUCAACAGACAUGCCCACUUGUGCCGAAGCCCCUCCCACCUCCACAGCCCCCCCUCCCCCCCUUGUAACCCCACCCACUGCUCUCGUAGCCCCUCCCGCCUCCUCCUCAGCCCCUUCCUCUGCUAUGGAGGAGGUGGGGCCUGUGGAAGCGGGACCACAGAGAGCAGAGCCACAGAGAGCAGAGCCACAGGGGGCAGAGCCACAGGGGGCAGGGCCACAGGGAGUGGGGCCACAGGAGGUGUACCUGGUGAAGUGGAUCACCUGGAAAGAGGAACGAACCCCGAUCAUCACCCAGAGCCAGAAUGGACCCUGCCCCCUGCUGGCCAUCAUGAAUACACUGUUUCUACGCUGGAAGGCCAAGUUGCCUGCUCAGACUGAGGUAGUGACCACAGAGGACCUGAUGACUCACCUGGGUGAGUGCGUCCUGUCAGCCACGCCUCGAGAGAAAAGCAAAGGGGUGGAGCUAAACUUCCAGCAGAACAUGAGCGACGCAAUGGCCGUGCUGCCAAAACUCUGCACAGGUUUAGAUGUGAAUGUGCGUUUCACUGGGGUCUGUGACUUCGAAUACACGCCUGAAUGCAUUGUGUUUGAUCUGCUCAACAUCCCCCUGUACCACGGCUGGCUACUGGAUCCUCAGAGUCCAGAGACUGUGGCAGCGGUAGGAAAACUCAGUUAUAAUCAACUCGUGGAGAAGAUCAUCGACUGUAAACACUCAGCGGACAGCUGCAAGGUCUCUGAAGGCCUGGUCGCGGAACAGUUCCUGGAGUCAACGGCGUCUCAGCUCUCGUACCACGGCCUGUGUGAACUCACCUCCAGAGUACGAGAGGGAGAGAUCUCAGUGUUUUUCAGGAACAACCACUUCAGCACCAUGACCAAGCACCAGAGCCACCUGUACCUGCUGGUGACAGAUCAGGGCUUCCAGUCGGAGGAGCGUCUGGUUUGGGAAUCACUUCAUAACGUGGAAGGAGAUGGAAACUUCUGUGACUCUGACUUCAGACUGUUCCAGAAGAGCCAGGACUAUAACCGGACUACAGUGGCCCAGGUAGACCAGGACUAUAACCGGAGUACAGCUGCACAGAUAGACCAGGACUACCUUGUGGCUGUGUCCCUGCAGCAGAGCGGAGGAGACCCUGUUACUCUGAGUGACGCAGAACUCGCACGACAACUUCAACAAGAAGAAUAUCAGCAACAGCAAAGUACUACAACUGCUACUACUACUACUACACCACAACAACAACAUCAGGUGCGUGGGCCGGGUGCUCAGAGUCGCAGGAGAGAGAAGGACUCAGACUGUGUUCUGUUAUAGCUUUGGCCUAAGUUGCGUGAUUCUCAAAGUGCUGUGUCUGUGUGCGCCCAGUGGAGCUGGGCCAGCUCCACACGCUAAACACACGCUAACGACACACUAACGACACACUAAUGACACACAUCCGGCAGCUCAACGUCACUGCUGCGUCAAUGUGCUCUCAGCACCUCCAGGACUGUCUACCACUGGAUCUGCUCCGCAAGAUUUACACUGAAAUAAUUUAUAAUAAAAAUGAUUCAAACAUU